UCCCAUUUGUGUGUGUGACAUCAGUAGUGCAAGACAAGAGUGCUGCGCCACAAUGAUCUCAAGACUGGCUGCUUUAAUUCUCCUUUGUACAGUUUAUCUGAUUCAAACUGCAGAGGUUCCUCAACAGGUCCCUUUGACUUUGGCCCAACUUGGUGGGAAUGUUACUUUGUGGUGUUCAGUUUCUGAGAAGGAAGGCAAAGCAUUUUACUGGUUCAAGCAGCCUCUUGGAUAUAUGGUCCAACAAGUCGUUGUUGUUGUUCUCAACAAAAUGACAGUUAGUGAGCAGUUUAAGUCCCGGUUCACAUUCAAAAUAGAUAAAGCUCUGUAUUCUCUUACCAUCAGAAAUAUCAGCAAAGAGGACGAAGCGACAUACUUCUGUUUCAGUGGAACUACAUAUUCAAGCAGUUUUGUUAGUACGUUCUUGGCUGUUAAAGAUCGUAAGCAGCAGAGAUCUUUCUACGUGAAACAAAGUCCGCUCACUGAGUCGGUCCAGCCGGGCGACUCGGUGACUCUCCAGUGUUCACUUGUCUCCAGGAACAAAGAAGACAGAGUCCAGUGUCCAGGUGAACACAGUGUGCACUGGUUCAGAUCUGGAUCAGGAGAAUCUCAUCCAGGCUUCCUUCACACUCACAGUGAUGCUCAAGAAGAAAGAAGUUGUGACUUCAGUCUGUCCAAAACUAUACACAACUCCUCUGAUACUGGGACCUACUACUGUGCUGUGGCCACAUGUGGAGAGAUCCUGUUUGGUGAAGGAACCCAAGUGGACACAAAAAUCAAAGGAAAGUCUGCAAAAAUUGCAAAGGAGCAGAGAGUGCUUCCCAUCAUCCUGGACAUGACGGGUCAACUGUGGACCGGUCAAAUGCUCCGUUUUUGCAGGAUGCUGAAGCAAAGGGAGUUAACUACGCAGCACUGGAUUUCUCCACGAGGAAAGUGAAAGGAGGGAAGAGGAAGAAGAGCGAGUCGCCACAAGAGUAUGAGUACUCUGCUGUGAGAGCGUAUGACCACAACCAGCAGCACCCUUGUCCAUAGAAAGGGCCCGGGCAGAGGCCCCAAAGUCUCCACAGAGUGCUUCUACCUUGGUGUGAUCUUACAGAGCUUUAUAUUCCCAACUGGCAUCCCAUAGUGACACGAGGAACAUGUGUAUCAGAAUCUGUAUACAUCUUCUAAAGAGGUUUAGAGUUGUCUAACACCGAGGUCGGCAUGUCUGUUGACUUGUUUGCUUUUGUUGACAUAAAACUGGAUAUUUAUUUUAUCUCCUCAUUUUGAAACAACUGCAUCUUCACUCAUCACAAAUAGUACCAAAAGGAUCAUGUCAGUUCACUAUUUAAAAUCCUCAAGCUGCCCUUGUCUGUUUGUUGUGGUCUUUCACAUUUAGUGUUUGUUUAUUGAGACUUUAUAGCAAGGGAUGGUGCGACAGAUCAUCUUCCCACCACUGCCAUCUGUUGGUGAAAACAGCAGAUACAACUUACUUAACUUGUUGUUCAUUAGCUCAACUAAAUAUCAAUACGUUUGUUUAUUUAAUCCAUUUUUAAAAUGAAUCGAAUCAAUAAAAAAAAUCCCUUUAAGUUCACUCGUAUCUAUUGUUCAUAACAGAGACUGGAAGCCAGCAGAGAUAUUUCAACACAGGACAAAUUCAGAUACUCCGCCUCCUCAGGAAUGACCCGCCCACUCGGACAUCUUGAGUGAAACACAUCAGCAGGAAGAGUUCAGCAUCCUCUAAGUUCACACCCACCAUGUUUAGUUUCAUAGUCACCCGACACGCAUGUGCACAUACUUCACAACUGAACACAAUCCAGUACAAAUACAUCUCAAACUCAUUCAAAAGAAUUGCAGAGGAGUCUGUAGACUCUGUCUUGUGUUUAUCCCUACAUGCAUUGCUGAGUUUAGUAUUGUUUAUGUUGUGUUCGUUUUACCACGACUAAUAUUUUAACUCUGUAACCUGUAAUGUGCAUUGUCCCUGAUAAAUAAACAAUGAACAUUCUUUUUAAA